UCGGUUCGGCGGUGUCUCGGCUGUGCUCGGGUGACUCCGUGAAUAACAGCCUCUCCUCCAUUUUGCAUAGUUCCGCGCGUGUGUCGAAGGCUCCUCUGCUUCUGCGAUCAGUAUCACACCGUGAAGAACGUUUUCCCUGCAAUGGACGGCAUUGCAAGUGAUGUUGCAGUUGGUGUGAAGAGAAGCUCAGAUGAAUUGCUGUCUGGCAGUCUGUACAACAGUCCAAACUCAUCAGUCACUGCUAAUGGAGGUGACAGUAAAAAACUGAGGGUGGAGGACAGCAUGGAUAGCCCACCGUCUAGAGUCAUUCAUAUUCGGAAACUCCCCAAUGAGGUUUCCGAGACUGAGGUCAUCGCACUGGGCUUGCCCUUUGGAAAGGUCACUAAUAUCCUGAUGCUUAAAGGCAAAAAUCAGGCAUUUUUGGAGCUGGGAACAGAGGAAGCAGCUGUUACCAUGGUGAACUACUACACAGCUGUUACACCUCAAGUGCGUAAUGUCCCAGUGUUCAUUCAGUACUCCAACCACAAAGAGCUCAAGACUGACAGUGCGCUCAACCAGCGAGCUCAGGCCGUGCUGCAGGCGGUGUCUGCGGUCCAGGAGGGCGGCUCUCCAAGCUCGGACACGGCCGGUGAGAGUGUGUUAACACCUGCCCCCAGCCCAGUACUGCGAAUAAUCAUCGACAACAUGUUCUACCCAGUCACCCUGGACGUCCUCCAACAGAUUUUCUCCAAGUUUGGGACCGUCAUGAAGAUAAUCACAUUCACCAAAAAUAAUCAGUUCCAGGCUCUUCUGCAGUUCAGUGACCCAGUAAAUGCCCAGCAGGCCAAACUGUCUUUGGAUGGCCAGAACAUAUACAACUCUUGCUGCACUUUGCGCAUUGACUUCUCCAAGCUGGUCAACCUGAACGUAAAAUACAACAACGACAAAAGCCGGGAUUAUACCCGGCCCGAGCUGCCCGCAGGAGAUGGCCAACCACCCGUGGACCCCUCUGUGGCCGCCGCUCUCAGCAAAGAUUCCACCUCCCUGCUCGGUACUCCCUCUGGAAUGGUAACUUCCUACUCUAGUGGUGGAGGGUUUCCAUCUUCUCUAGGGGCCAUCAGCCCUCUGAGUGCGGCAGCGGCGGCGGCGGCAGCUGCAGGGAGGGUAGCGCUGUCCGGACAUUCGGGACCUGGCGGAGUGCUCUUGGUCAGCAACCUCAACGAUGAGAUGGUUACGCCCCAAAGUCUGUUUACCCUCUUCGGUGUCUACGGUGACGUGCAGCGUGUGAAGAUCCUUUACAAUAAGAAGGACAGUGCUCUAAUCCAGAUGUCCGAUGGGAACCAAGCCCAGUUAGCCAUGAGCCAUCUGAAUGGACAGAAGAUGUAUGGCAAGAUCAUUCGUGUGACACUCUCUAAGCACCAGACAGUACAGCUGCCUAGGGAGGGUUUAGAUGAUCAGGGCCUAACCAAGGACUUCACCAGUUCUCCACUACAUCGCUUCAAGAAGCCCGGGUCUAAGAACUUCCAGAACAUCUUCCCCCCUUCUGCUACACUUCAUCUCUCUAACAUACCUGAGAAUGUGACAGAGGAGGAUUUACGACUGCUCUUCUCUAACUCCGGCGGUACAGUGAAAGCGUUCAAGUUUUUCCAAGAUCGCAAAAUGGCUCUGCUGCAGAUGUCCACGGUGGAGGAGGCGAUUCAGGCACUCAUUGACCUUCACAACUACGACAUGGGCCGUGGUCACCGCCUGAGAGUGUCUUUCUCAAAGUCUACCAUCUGAGGAUUCCCUGGUGCUAUGUCACCUUUCCUUUCGCCCCCAGGAGCCUCAAGUCGAAGUCAUUUUUACCAGUCAUUCCUUAACACCAUAUCAAAAACUUCAAUGAGAAUGGCCCUUAAAGGAACACUCGCUCUGUAUCUGCUCCUGCUAUUGUUUGUUUGGCCAGCUGUUAUUCUAUUUUAGGAUGGAUUGACAAAAAUGUGCCUUACUUAGCAAAAUAGCGUCAUCCUUUUGCUCCCGUCAUUACAGAUUAUAGAGGUUUAGGCACAUUAUGUGUGAUGAUUUGUAACCUUUACAAUCACCUUGCUUUGUUGUUUUGAAGGGUUUUGAAAGUGAUAGUUUAUUUAGCUCUUGUGUCCUCACCUUGUCAUAUUUUUUAAAAAACAAUUUUUAAGCUUUGAAAGCUAGUCGGCUUGCUUUGAUUCAAAGGUAAAAGCUAUUUUUUUUAUGGUCUGUUGAAUUGAAUCUGAACACAAGUAAUUGAAUUUGAUGGAAUAUACUCCAAGUUGUAAAUUAUCUUGUGCAUUUGUUUUAUUUUAGGUUGUAGCGUUUCUUUUUUUCUUUGAUCAGGCACCCAAGGUACUUUUUGUGAUUGAAACCUGUGGUAAACAAAACAAUGACAGUGGGGAGCAUAGUGUGUGACGUAUAGUACCUGCUUUGAUAUUUCUCACUCACUUUUGCUUCAGUGAAUUCUGUUACCCAUUUUUAGAAGAAAAUCAGAGCAUGUGCUGAUGGAUCUCAGCAGUUGCAUGUGUCAGACUGACCAUGUUUGAUGUUGUGAUGUCACAUUAAUGUAGGGACUGUUGGGACCAAAGUAAAUGUGCCUUUAGUCUUACUUUAUUCUGCAUUGUACAAAUGUUUUUUUUCAACCUCUGGAAUAUUUUUAUCAAUGGAGAAAAAAAAUCAAACUUUCCAACAGACAUCACUCAUAAAUGAUCCUUAAUUGUCUGUGAUUGUAAUUGUGUGAGAAUCGCUCACUGAUUAUAUUGAAAAUGACAUUUUUUGUGGUUUAGGUUAUGGAAAGGGGAGGGGGGCGUUCUGUACAUUUUCUACAUGAAUUGAGUUUUUACAUCUUUAGGAAUGUAAAGUUCAGUAUAGAAGUGGCACAAUUAAAAGUUAAUUUUUCUACCAAGCUUGUGCUCGACGGUCCCUGUGUGGUGUAGUGCUUUUAUCCUGUAGCAUGCUGAAUAAACUCUUCUCGCUCUGCAUUCA